GCUAGCCAAGCCUGGGCUCUGGGAAAUGGAGACGGAGCUGCUGCCUCGGCAGCCGGCGCUGUGCUGAAGGAGAUGGACAGAGAAUUGCUGCCUGGCCCCGGGACCGGAGCUCCGCCGCUGCCCGAGCCCCUGAACUUCCCGCAGUCCCCGGCACACCCCGGCGUUUAACCACGGCAAGUUCCACCUGCGCCGCUCCCAGCUGGCAGGGCUCAGGCAGGUGAUUCUCUUUCUUUUUGCUCCUCUGCCUGUGCGUGAAUGCUGAUUACCAAAAAGUCCGCCUGAAAGCCUGGGAGAGCUUGGGGAAAGCCACGGUGGAGAGUUGUGGUGUUUUGGAUACAAAUGGCACAAAGUACUCGCACUUCUGCUCGAGGGACUCAUAUGGCUUGAAGGGUGGAGCUGUCAGCCGGCACUUGGACCCCCAUGGAUCCCCUCAACCUCUCGUGGUACGACGGGGACAGGAACUGGAGCAGGGCCCUGAACGCGUCGGAGGCGGCGCAGAAGCCGCACUACAAUUACUACGCCGUGCUGCUCGCCCUCCUCAUCUUCGUCAUCGUCUUUGGCAACGUCCUGGUGUGCAUGGCAGUGUCCAGGGAGAGAGCCCUGCAGACCACCACCAACUACCUGAUCGUCAGCCUGGCCGUGGCCGACCUGCUGGUGGCCACGCUCUGCAUGCCCUGGGUGGUGUACCUGGAGGUGGUCGGGGAGUGGCGGUUCAGUCGCAUCCACUGCGACAUCUUUGUCACCCUGGACGUCAUGAUGUGCACUGCCAGCAUCCUCAACCUCUGUGCCAUCAGCAUUGACAGGUACACGGCUGUGGCCAUGCCCAUGCUCUACAACACCCGCUACAGCUCCAAGCGCAGGGUCACCGUCAUGAUCGCCGUGGUCUGGGUGCUCUCCUUUGCCAUCUCCUGCCCGCUCCUCUUCGGCCUCAACAACACAGACGAGAAGGAGUGCAUCAUUGGCAACCCUGCCUUCGUGGUGUACUCGUCCAUCGUGUCCUUCUACGUGCCCUUCAUGGUGACGCUGCUGGUGUACGUGCAGAUCUACAUCGUGCUGCGGCGCCGCAGGAAGCGCGUCAGCACCAAGCGCAGCAGCCACGUGCUGGACUCGGACACGCAGGCGCCCCUCAAGGACAAAUGCACUCAUCCAGAAGACGUCAAGCUCUGCACAGUUAUUGUGAAGUCCAAUGGGAGCUUCCAAGUUAAUAAGCGCAAAGUGGAGGCAGAGAGUCACAUAGAAGAGAUGGAAAUGGAGAUGGUGUCCAGUACCAGUCCCCCUGAGAAAACGGCCCUCAAACCCACAGCACCAAGUAACCACCAGUUGAUUGUGCCAGUUGCUUCUAAUCGGGGCAACAACUCUACCCUGCAGGCACCCCUGAGCAGCCCUGGGAAGGUGGAGAAGAAUGGCCAUGCCAAAGAAUCCCACCACACAGCCAGGGUCUUCGAGAUCCACUCCCUGCCCAACGGCAAGACGAGGAACUUGCUCAAGGCCGUGAUCAGGAGGAAACUGUCCCAGCAGAAGGAGAAGAAAGCCACCCAGAUGCUGGCCAUCGUGCUCGGUGUUUUCAUCAUCUGCUGGCUCCCCUUCUUCAUCACUCACAUCCUGAACAUGCACUGCGACUGCAACAUCCCCCCGGCCAUGUACAGCGCCUUCACGUGGCUCGGCUACGUCAACAGCGCUGUCAACCCGAUUAUCUACACCACCUUCAACAUCGAGUUCCGCAAGGCUUUCAUGAAGAUCCUCCACUGCUAAAAGCCACCAACAGCACCCGCAUGUCUUUAGGAACGGAGGGGGAAGAGGGAGCGGCGCCAUCCACGCACAGCGGGGCAGCGGGGAGGGGGCUGGAGCUCUUGGGCUGGGCACCGCCGGCUGCCCCAGCACCUCGUGGGGACGGAGGAGGUGGGAGGGUCGCUCACCCCGCCGGGUCACCUCUGGACCAGCCCCAAGGGCGCUUUUCAGAGCCACCCUCGCGCUGCGUUGGAAGUGGAAGUGCAGGAAUCGAGGCGCUCUCGCUCGGCUCUCGCCCGGCCCGGGGUGCGCUGGACACAGAGUGGCCACGGGGCCACCAGGAGGAAACGCUGGGUCGUGGGCACGACUCUCACCAAAGACAAGGCCAUCCUUCCCGCUGGGCAGCAGGAGCCACACGGGGCUGGGGAAGCUCUGUGCAAUAGCUUUGCCUUCACCUCGAGCCGACUCACCCACUGUUCAGCUGCUGAAGCCUUCAGAAAUUAAAUAAAAAACAACCCCAAAAAACUUUCAGAGGUCCCCAGGCGGAUCGAGAAGGUUUUGCCAGCCCCAGACCCUGCAGCAUUGUGAGCCUACAAUCCACGGGUGGAAGGGAGGAGGGGGCAUCAAUCUCAUGUCAAACCAUCGGUGUAAAUAGGAAUAACUAGGAUGGAUUUUGGAGCCCAAACCAAAAAAAAAAAAAAAAAAGAGAGAUGGAAACUCAAGGAGUGGAACCUUGUCUUGCAUGGUGUACAUCCAACAGGACCCCCUCAUCUCCCAUCAGUGAUUUCUGCCCACCAGCAUCUCAUCUCCAGGCUCCAGGGUGGCCCAGGGGAGGGGUGGCAGCGUGGUGAAUGUACAGACACGAGGACACUGUGCCAGGGGAGGCACAGCCCCAGGGGCACCCUGAGCGUGCCAGCCAGGCCAGGGCUGGCUCUUCUCACCUAAACCAGGGGCCCCAAGGAGCACCUCGGGUCUGAUUUGCCUCUGUCUCUCCCCAGAGAGUGCAGAACAACAUUGUGCCUAAUUUAAAUCAACAGUCAAGGAGACAAAACUGUGCAUUUUGGAAAAAGCCAGAAUAAAAAAACCCAAGAAAGCCCCUACCUGGACCAGCUCCUGUGUCCACGCUGGACUCUGGAAAGGUCUGGAUAUUCCCAGCAUCCCUUACCCUCUGCUAUCUAUUUUUCCAUGGAUUCUAGAACUGACACCCAGAAGAAAAUCAUUUCACCACGCUGAGUCUGGCACUGCCAAACCCACGCUGUACUUGCUACUUGUUCACACGAUAUUUUGCAAUAUCUCUGUAAAUAAAACACAGCAAGGUGAAUAAAACAACGUGGAAAUAGGUCUGGCUAGAAAUUCCUGCAGGAUGUGGAGCAGCAGAGGGUUGCAAUAGCCAUAAGCAGGGGCAGACUCCCAGGGUGCAGUUUCCUGCUGCUUUCUAAAGGAGUAAAAAACACAAUUGGGAGAGCAAUAGAAUCCCUUUUUGUCUCUAUGCAGUUUGUGGGAUGUUCACUCAGCUUCUGCUUCAGAUGAGGUGAAGAUGUGCCAAGGUUUCCUUUAAUUCCCUGGAUUUCCUCUGUUGCUCACAGAGCACUUUCCUGUGCUGGCAGGAUGAGUUCCAGCUCUGAUUCAGGAAGAGAUUACACCAAGCAGCUCUAACACAUAAUCUCAGCUGUUUUCUAAAAUUGAAGCAGCAGUCCCACCUUAAUCCACAGGUUUCUGUUCUAAACCUGGCAUUCCUGGAAGGGGCUGGAGUGCAGGGGUUUUGAUAUUCAGCCCACAGCCUUGUGUAACAUCUGAACCCGGCUCUUCAGAGCCAAAAACUGCAAAAUUGAGAAUGCCAGCUCGAGAGAUCUCAGGCACACAUGAGCUGUUCUUUCUUCCCCACAGUUUAAACCAAACUAAUUCACUCAGUGAUGGGAAUCAACUCAGACUUGUACCCCAAUAUUCACAGAAUGAUGCAAAGGCAGGAGGUUUUUGGCAGAAAAAUAGCACCAAGUUACUGGUCCAUUUAAAAAUGUAUUUACAAGCAGAAAGAUCCCUUUGACUUGGGGAAUUAACAGGUGGGGAGCUGAGCAAAAAUAGCAAAUAUUACAUUUAUAGACAAAAAAGCUUUAGAGCAUUUGGACGUUGCCAUAGGUGGUGUUUGCCCUGUACCAAAGCCUGGUGUGAGCCCUCAGGAUAAGUAGAAUAAUAAUGUCCAUCAGGAUAAUGUGGGUAAUACCUGAACUUUGUGCCAUAAUUUUACUUUGUGUCCAGUGUUAACCCAAGGAAAAUCCUCAUCUGUGUACCUUGCUCCCAAAUAUUUUUUCCUGAAUCUAGAAGCAGAAUCUUACAGCUCAGCCCACCUGGAUCACUACCUGAAAAAAUCUUCUAAAACGCCAUGGAAGAAAAAAAAGCUGCUGGAAAAGGUCUCUGUCCCUCACGUGGGCCAGGUGUGAUUUCCCAGAGCUCCAGUAUUGGCUGUGAGGAGUUUUCUGCAGCCCAUCAUUCAUCCCCAGGACAUUUGAAGCUGCUCCUUCCUAACACUCCCAAACUGUGGGGAUGUGAAUGUCCCCAGUGCCCUCGGGAAGGUGGCAGUGCCAGCUCUGGCCACCUCUGCAGCAGGUUUUCCUUCCCCAUGAAACUCCUGCACUUCCAGACAGCAAAUGGAGCACUUUGAAACCCAGGACUGAGCCUUCCUUUUCCUUUUGGAGACAGCACCAAACCCCAUCCUCACCUCUGGCUUUCCAAGGAAUAAAGCAAUGCCAGGAGCACGGCCAGGGUGAGCUGGCACCACGAGAUCCUGUUUGGAGGAACUGCUCAGAGCCCACCACGAGCCAGCUGCACCCUGCAGGACCCACCACGGCCCUGAGCCUGGCAAACCCACACCUCACUGCUCCUUCCACUCUGCAAACAAAAAAACCAAAACCUCUGCUUCCCCAGAGACUUCUGCUGGUGAUGGGAAGGGUCCUGAGCUGGUUUUUAAAACCACCUUAACGAGAAGAUUUCAUUUCUUUGUUCCUCGAGAACCUUGCUCUAGCUCUAGCCCCUCUUUUGUGAUUCAUGAUUUAUAAUUGAAGCUUUAGUUCUGCUUAUUGAGUCUUCCUGUUCCUGCUUUCCCUCCCUGUGAUUCCCAGCUUGCUGCAGCCCUGGGUGGGGCUCUCUGCACCCCCAAACAGGUUUGAGUUAAAAGCCAGUGAAUUCUGCCUGCACUGUGUUUGCUGCUUGCCUGCUUGCUCCCACUCCACAGAACUGUUUAUCUUCCUGGCUGAGGAGUAAA